AUGGAAUAUAUUUGGAAUGGUUCGUGUGGCCUGCCUCUGCGAGCUACCUUUGCUGAUAACGUGUUAGAAAAUGAUUUGGAUCUGGAUCUCCACCAGCUUUGGGAAGAGUCUGAUCUACCAGCACCGCCUCCGUGCCUCGCGACAGAGUUUGACGAGACCAAGCCCGAAAGCCCGCAUGCGGAAAAGACCAUGGCACAUCGCGUGCAAGAUCCCACUGUGGAAUGCUUAUUCUACUCCAACACUAAAAGCAAUCAUGCUUUCCGGUGGAUGGGGCCGACCCCACUGCUUCCCUCGACAAAGCCCGAGGAUAUCUUCGUCUACAUUUCAGCCUUCUUGUCAGAGAAAAUUGGCUGGUUGGAAGUUCGCCUUGCGCAGCUGGAUCUAUUUACCAGAGGCGUGGUGGACGAGCAUCUGUUCUUUAUCCCUCGGAUAGAAACAGCAUCCUGGAAGUUUCAGCACAUACGACAAGAGAUACUUGACAUUGUAUCUCAUGGCGCUUGUGUGAUGCCGGGCUGCCACUUUCGGUUAUCCGUGUGGCCGCGCUUAGAGCCGUUUCCGUACUCCGCUUCGUCGACUCUAUCUCCCUUGGCGGCAUUGCCUACUAUGCCUUCUCUGUAUCCUUCGGAUUUUGUACAUAACCCUUGGGCUAAAUUUACGUGA